CAGUUAAAAAGGUGGGAGCGGGCUGUGGCCCAUCUCUCGGGUAGUCUUCAGACAGCUGGUCCCGAAGUCCCAGGAACAUCCGCCUCUCCUCAAUCAUGGCUUGUGGUCUGGUCGCCAGCAACCUGAAUCUCAAACCUGGGGAGUGCCUCAGAGUGCGGGGCGAGGUGCCCCCGGACGCCAAGAGCUUCGUGCUGAACCUGGGCAAAGAUGGCAACAACCUGUGCCUGCACUUCAACCCCCGCUUCAAUGCGCACGGGGACACCAACACCAUCGUGUGUAACAGCAAGGAUGGCGGGGCCUGGGGCGCUGAGCAGCGGGAGUCCGUCUUCCCCUUCCAGCCUGGAAGUGUUGUGGAGGUGUGCAUCUCCUUCGACCAGGCAGACCUAACCAUCCAGCUGCCUGGCGGAUACGAUUUCAAGUUCCCCAACCGCCUCAACCUGGAGGCCAUCAACUACCUGGCAGCCGAUGGCGACUUCAAGAUCAAGUGCGUGGCCUUUGAGUGAAGCCAGCCAGCCCAUGGCCCCCAAUAAAGGCAGCUGCCUCUGCUCCCCCUGAA